AUGGCUCUCGGCGUCUCGCUCACCGGCGCCGCUCUGCUGGCUGUUCUGCUGGUGCUGGUCUUGGCCUGGCCGCGACGGUAUCGGGGCGAGAAGCGAUCGGUACAGGUGCUCGUGCUUGGCGAUAUCGGCCGCAGUCCUCGCAUGCAGUAUCAUGCCCUGAGCAUUGCCCAGCACGCCCCAGUCCAGCUGAUUGGCUAUUAUGAAUCGGACCUCGUCGAUGAGCUGGCCCGCCAUCCCCGGCUCACCCGCGUGCCGUUGACGGCCAGUCCGGCUGCCUUGCGCCAGCUGCCCUUUGUGCUGGGCGGUCCGCUCAAGGUGGUCUGGCAGGUGCUCAACCUGCUGCUCGUGCUGGCCUACAGCACGCAGCCAGCGCGCUGGCUGGUCGUGCAGAACCCGCCGUCGAUUCCCACGCUGGCCGUGGCCGCCCUCGUCGGCCGACUGCGCAACACCCGUCUGCUCAUUGACUGGCACAACUACGGCUGGACUAUCCUGGCUGGCUCGCGGGCCGGUGGCGGCAGCAGUGCCGAACGACACCCGUUUGUGCGUCUGGCCCGGCGCUACGAAGAGCUCUGCGGCCGUCUGGGCGACGCCAACCUCACCGUCACCCGUGCCAUGGCCUCCCAGCUGCGUGCGCCUCCCUACGCCGUUCCCUCGCCCAUCGCCGUCCUGCACGACCGCCCCGCCGCCCUCUUCCAGCCGCUGCCGCUGCUGCCGAUUUCCCCGAUCGAUCGCGGCCGCGAGCUGGCCCGCAUCCUCGGCGACGACGACCUUGUCGACCAUAACAGCGCCAAGGUCCUCGUCAGCAGCACCUCCUGGACGCCGGACGAAGACUUCCAGCUGCUCCUUGAUGCCCUCGUCCGCUACGUGUCCACGACCUCGACCGACGCUCGCUCCCCCAUCCUUGCCAUCAUCACCGGCAAGGGCCCCCAAAAGGCUUUUUACCAGGGCAAGAUCGCCGCGCUCGUCGCCGCCGGCCAGUUGCCGCCCGACCAGAUCAGCAUUUGCACGGCGUUCCUGCCCAUGAGCGACUACGCCCGCCUCCUGGCCCUCGCAGACCUCGGCGUCUGCCUACACAUGUCCAGCUCGGGCGUCGACCUGCCCAUGAAGGUGGUCGACAUGUUCGGGGCUGGCCUGCCGGUCGUGGCUUACUCUGCCUACGAGAGCUUUGGCGAGCUCGUACGCGAGGGCGAGAACGGACGGGGCUUCACCACCUCCGACGGGCUUGCCGACCUGUUGGCACGGCUCCUAGACCCAAGAAAUGGUAGUAGUGGCUCAGCAGAGCUCGGACAGCUGAGGAUGGGCGCUCGGCAAGAGAGCAAGCUGCGGUGGACAGAGGAAUGGGAGCGGGUGGUCGCGCCAGUUCUGGAACUGACGGCAGAGGGAGACGUUCCGAAAAAGACAAAGUAG